UGGGGCGUGGCCUCCCCGCCACCAUGCGCAGUGCGGCGCGCGCCGCCCGGCUCGUGGGCAUGGCCGCUACCGGGACCGGGACAGGGACCGGGACAGGGACCGGGCACAAGCGGCCGCAUCCCGAGCCCGCCGCCCGCAUCGGCACCCACGACGGCACCUUCCACUGCGACGAGGCGCUGGCGUGCUUCCUGCUGCGCCUCCUGCCCCGCUACCGGGACGCGGAGAUCGUGCGGACGCGGGACCCGCAGCUCCUGGCCCGCUGUGACGUGGUGGUGGACGUGGGGGGCGAGUACGACCCGGGGCGGCACCGCUACGACCACCAUCAGAGGUCCUUCACAGAGUCCAUGCGGAGCCUGCGGCCGGACAAGCCCUGGAGCACGAAGCUGAGCAGCGCCGGGCUCGUCUAUUGUCACUUCGGGUCGCAGAUCCUCGCGGGGCUCCUGGGGCAGCCCGAGGACGGGCCCGUGGUCACAGCGCUCUAUGACAAGCUAUACGAGAACUUCGUGGAGGAGAUCGAUGCCAUAGACAACGGGAUCGCGCCGGCAGCGGGGGAGCCGCGCUAUGCCCUGAGCACCACCCUGAGCGUGCGCGUGGGGCACCUGAACCCCCGCUGGAAUGACCCCGACCAGGACACCGAGUGUCCCCAGGCGGGGUUCAGGCGAGCCAUGGAGCUGGUGGGCAGUGAGUUCCUGGAGCGGCUGGACUUCUACCACCGGGCCUGGCUGCCCGCGCGGGCACUGGUGGAAGAGGCCAUCUGUCGCCGCUUUGAGGUGGACGCCAGCGGGCAGAUCCUGGAGCUGUCCCAGGGUGGCUGUCCCUGGAAGGAGCACCUCUUCCAGCUGGAGCGGGAGCUGGCGCUGCCCAGGCCACUCCAGCUCGUGCUGUUCCUCGACCGGGGCGGGCAGUGGCGGGUGCAGAGUGUCCCCACAGCCCCCCACAGCUUCCAGAGCCGAGCAGCUGUGCUGGUGUCCCAGGAGUGGCUGGGAUGGAGGACAAGGGACAGCAAGCACCGGGACCCCCAAGCUGGCCCUGGACCCCGUGGAGUCUCCCUGAAAUCCCUUCAAGACCCCACAACUGUGACUGAGAGUGAGGAGCAACAUGAGGAGUAAAAAAACCGGAAUUCCAGAACCCAUGCUUGGAGACCCCCAAAACACCCCCACCGUGUCCCAGCUCUCUGCCACUGUCCCAGCUCCUCACCCCAGAGCUGUGGGGUCAUUUGGGAACCCUCUCCCAGCCCUUGGGAAGCUCCAGGUGGACAAACUCACCCCGGUACUCGGAGAAGGACAAGGAGUAGAUGACGGACUCGCCCAGCACAGUGAAGAGCAGCCGGCUGCCAUCGGGGCUCCAGCACCCAGUCUGUGGGACAGUGUCACCCCUGUCACCCCAGCCCCCACAGCCAGCCCAGGGAGGGCACAGCUGCCAUGGCAUCUCCUGGAACCAGCUGGGAAUGGAGGAUUUUAAUAAAGACCCCAAGGUGUCCCCAGGAGGUGACAUCUGCUCUGCACGGUGAGGUUCAGGUUGGAUAUUGGGAAGAUUUCCACAUAAUUAGGGAAAAUUUCCACAAUUUCCUUGGGCUGAAGUGGAGUCCCCGCUCAUGGAGGGAUUUAAAAGCCACGAGGAUGUGGCACUUGGGGACACAGGUCAGUGGAGGCCUUGGCAGGGCCAGGGGUUGGACUGGGUGGUCCCAGAGGGCUUUUCCAGCCUAAACGAUUCCCUGGGUGGGGAACAUCCCAUCCUACCUGGCAGCGUCCCCUGAUCGUGGGCCAGCGCUCACACGUCCACUUCUGGGCCUCCCACACCCUGCAGGAGACGGGAUUUAGGGAGCAGAAUUCCUGGGAACUUGCUCCAAUCCUGCUGCUCUGGGAAUCCACGAUGUCCAACCCCAUCACCCACCCAACUCCCCCGCUCUGUCCCCACAACAGGAAUGGGAGCAGGGAGGAGAUUUGGGAUCCAGAUCCAGAUUUUUUGGAGUGAGGAUGAGAAGCUCACCGGAACACAGCUGAGGGGGUGGCUGCCAGCACCUUGCUGCCAUCGGGGGACCAGGCCAAGUAGGUGACACCACCACCCCCAAACCACUGCAGCUGGACACAGCUCUCGGUGGACACAUCCCACACCUGGAAGAGGGAACAAGGAGGACGGUGGUGACACAGGGAUUAGGGAACACAGUGUGAUGAUUUCAGGUCCAGGUGAAAUCCCAGAGCUGCCUCUGGGGAACACCACUGACGUCCAGCCCGAGCGUCCCUUGGUGUCCCCAGGAGAGCCCUCACCAGCAUGGCCGUGUCCACCGGUGAUGCCGAGAGCAGCCGCUCCCCGCUGGGCGCCCAGGCCAGGCUGGUGACAGGGCUGUGCCCGGGGUAGGACAGCACCUGGGCGCAGCCAGAGGAGGGUCUGGAAAAGAGGGAGAAGCCACCAGGAUUUGGGAUUUUCUGGCAGGAUGGGUGGUGGUGUCCCAAAGCCACCUGGCGAGGUGACAACAGCCAGGAAGGGGUGGUGGGGGGCUGUCACCUCGUGGAGAGGGAGGUGGGGUCCAGGUGCCACACAAGGACGCAGCUCUGGCAGGCCACAGCCAGGAUGGAGGCGCAGAGCGGCUUCCAGGCCAUGGCGGCCACGUUCCUCUGCAGGCGGUGCUUCAGCGAGGGCACGGUGGCACUGCCGAGAGGAGACAGGUGGCACAGAGGGACAUGUGGGGGUGACAGCCCUGGUGCAGCCACAGUGUCCCCUGCCAGCUCUGACCACAGUGAGGGGGGACAGCAGGGUGGGGAGGAGGGUGCCCUGCUGUGCCCUACUUCUCAAGGAGGGGACAGGAAUUCCCAGCCAGGUGACACCGGAGCGAGCCAGGGCACACCUGGUGUGACUGAGCCGAGCUGUCCCCAGCCCGGACAGGGCCCGGGCUGGCCGGAAAUCCCAGCUUGGGGACACCUGGGGGGGCUGCAGGAGCAGCCGGCAGAGUCUUCUCCUGAGCAGGGACUGGCAUUCCCUGGGGGAGCAGGGAGACCUGGGGGAGAGAGGACACUCAGCCCGUGUCCCCCCGGCUCUGUCACCACCCCCAAGGCUGGGUGACCCCCAGGAUGUCCCCAGAGCUACAGAGUAGGCAGGGAAGGGAAAGGAAAGGCAAAGCUCUUCAUGCUUGGGGGAGAGCGGGGAAGGAGCAGGGAGAGCUGGACGGGAGCCCAGGUGUGCCCAGGUGUGCCAGGAGGCCACGGGCAGCAGGACCAGGGCAGUGCCCACCCUGGGCUACCCAAACCCCGGGACAAAACCCCACCUGUUGGAGUUAUAGACACGGAUGGAAUCAGUCCAGAAGAGCUACGGCGAACUUGUUGGUGUGAGGGUGCCAGGCGAAGGCCCGGACGGUGCAGCCAGCCCUGGAGGGGGGACAGGGCAGGGUGAGACCCCCCAGCACCCCCUGGGCUGGCAAAGACCCUUCUCAGAGUUCCCAGAGAAAUAAAACUUCUUUUUUGCUGCUCAAA